AAACGGAGGAGCACAGCCACACAGCAAAGGCGGAGAUGGAGAAGUAUUUCGGAAAUGCUUACCGGGGCGACCCGGGAGUUCCCCACUGCAACCCGAUGGACUUCUGGGGCGCUUGGGCCGGCGCCGCUGCUUUCUCUGCUGUCACCUGGGUUAAUCCCUACAUUUGGCAUUUCACCACUGAUGAUAAUUAUCAUGAUAAAGCAAUGCUUUAUGAGCAUCAUCACUGGAAACGAGCACGCGACAAGAAUAAGCCACAUAGGUUUGAGUGGAAUAAAACGUCCGAGGAAUUUAGAGAGAACUACUACUUCAACUGGCCAGUGUUCUUUAAAUAGAUCCAACAUCCUUGCCAAAACAAUUUGAAACAACUGUUUUUGCAUUGUGAGAUCUCUUUAGUACUAAAAGUUCAAAACAAAUACUGUUUUAUGGUUUGAGUACAUUUGUAAUGUUGCACAAACACUAUUGAAGUUAUCCAAAUUGGUCUGUCAUCAUAGAGAUGGGCUUAUAUAGACAAGUUCAAAAACAAACAAACCGAUUUAGAUUAGAGUGAUAUAAACUACCCAUAUUUCAACUA